AUGUCUAAACGAAAAGAUAAUUCUGAAUUAUUUUUAAAAGAAAUCCCCGAAUUUACUGAUGAACAUAGAACUAAACGUAUAAAUAAUAGACAUAAACAACAUGGAUUUGUAUCCGUGUUCUUAUAUAAUAAGCGAAAGCGAGAAAUGUAUUUUGAGAUUCUGAAGAAAACGAUGAAUGAAUUAGAAACAGCUAAUGAAAUCUGCUUAAAGAUAAGCAGAAAGGAUAUCGAGAAAGUAUUUGAUGCUCCAGAUGGAUUUGAUAUUGAACAUGUUGUUAAACAAGAAGACAUAUUAUUCACAAUGAUAAGAGAGGUUUUUGAGGAAACGGGAUUAGAUAUUAAAAGGGUUUCAUGUAAGAUCAAAUACUUUGGAUUUGAUAAGAAGAUUCUUGAAAUAGAUGGGAUAGUUACCCAUGUAUUUCUAGUUAUCUUCGAUAGUUAUGAUUUCAUUCCAUAUUCAAAAAAAAAGAAAAAAGGCAAUGAAGUGAUUGCUAUGAAUUCAUAUGAUAUUUUAAAGAAGUUAAAUGAUGACAAGGGCAAAGAAAUAAAACAUUUCACUUCAACAAUUGAGAAUAUAUUCGAAGAAGUAAACAGUUAUUGUAAACCGAUCAGGAAUGAGAUAAUCUUAUUCGGUGGGCCAAAUUCUGGGUUAUCAGAAGGUGUCAAGGGUUUAGGACCAGACCAUCUCUCAAUAAGAGAUUUAUACCCUGAGCAUUAUCAUGCUAGAGAUGAGCCAAGAGAAACCCAACAGAUGCGGAUCUUGAUGGCUUAUAAUUCUAUUGGUAAACUUUUACGUGGUGAAACCAAAUCAGAUGUUGGUAACGAACCAAUAGUAAUUUAUGAAAGGAGUCUAGGAUGUGUGAAUAUUUUCAACCGAGCAUAUCGUAUACCCACAUUUCCAUUAAAUGAUUUGCAUAAACUACAUGAUUCAAAUCAACUUGAUAUACAUAUAUCUCCUGAAGAUAAUGAGUAUGCAUUCACAAUAGCUAACGAUCGCAGAUCAUAUUUCUCUGACACACAGAAAGCCUACAAACAAACGUAUGAGUUAUACGAAAUGUUCUCACAUCUCGAAUAUCCUAAUAAGAUAAUUGUAAAAAAUGACCUUA